AGCUUUGUGGUGGACAGGGCCCCUUUACACCUCUCCCUGCUGCAACUGAGACCAGAGUGUGGAGGCUGGCGGCAGGUUGGACUUCACCAUGGCGGGGUUUCAGACUGACGACUACUCCUCCGUCUCCAUGACCUAUGAGCCUGAGUCUUUCACCACUUACACUGCCUCUGAUCUUAGUGCAGCCUUAGAGGGGACGGUGGCCUCCAAGUUUCGUGGGAACUUAACCAACGACCUCCUGGCUAACGUCACUACUGUCCUCGGCACCCUGACCUCCUUGUUCUCCACGUUAUCACCCAUGGAUGCCACCACAGAUGAGGCCACUGCUGAUGUGGAGGUUAAGAGCCAAGAUGUAGAGCCUCUAGUGCACGCUGAGUACCCUUACUAUGUGCUGGGUUUCACUGCUGCCAGCGCGUUCAUCAUCGCCAUCCUGGGUUCUUUUGGUAAUUUGCUCACCAUCAUCGCCCUGCCCAUGUGCAAAAAACUGAGGACAACAGCCACAGCCUUCAUAGUGAACCUGGCUGUGGUGGAGUUGCUCUUCUGUUUGUUGAUCUUGCCUAUGGCAGGUGCUCAGUACCUGUACCUGCAGCAGUAUGACGAUGCCCUCCUCACUGACCGAGACUGCGCAUUCUUCACCCCCGUCAAGUACGCCCUCACUCAGGUGGAGCUCCAGACCAUCUUGGCCAUUGCACUUACCAGAGCCUUGGCGGUGAGUGUCCCCAGACUGUACACUUCCAUCAACCGGCCUAUCGUGAUGGGCUGCUACAUUGCAGGCAUCUGGAUCUACUCCUUCGCUCUCAAGAUACCAGCUAUUGCCGGGAUCCUGGGAAAGUAUAUCUUCAACACAUACACAAUGGAGUGUGAUAUGACAAGUGAUAACGCCAUGGCCAGGCUUAUCUACAUAUUAGUUGAAGCCGUUAUUCCUGUCCUGUUAAUCUUCUUAAUGUACGUCUUCGUCUUUGUCAUGGUGGUCAGAAGAGCAUUUAUAAGACAACGAAAGUUCAGCAAAAAUUUUCCACCCCCUCCACAACUUGCACAGGUUAAACUGAGCUCUGCACGUGUGGCUCGAGCUACCACUCGAGGAAAAAGUAAGGUUGCUCCCCCAACCACCUCCACUGGAUCCACUUCCUCAACCUCUGCCAGCCAGAGGAAGGGCUCAAACUCUAGUUUUAAAAGUCUCAAGAAGAUGGUAUCUGAUUCUAACCUGCGGUCCAGAUUCCUUCGUGCAGCGAGAUUACUGAAUGGAAAACGCACUCACCAGUCAUCAACUGUAAGCCAGCGACUCACCACCAACCGCAGGGAUAUGCGUGUUGCUCGUACCAUCUUCAUCAUCUUCCUGCUUCUCCUUGUAUGCAGUGUGCCAGUUAUGACGAUACAUGCAGUAGACAGGAAAGCAGAAGACCCUGUUCGAUUCUUGCUUUUGCACAUACUAUACUGGGUCCAGUAUUGUGUUAACACAGCGGUAUAUGUGCUUAUGAAUCGCCAAUACAGAGAUGCAUAUGUUGAUUGCCUUGCACGAGUCUUUCCAAAUAUGAAGGCACAUCACGGUCGAAGGUUCUUCUGGGAAAAGGCAAGUAUUUCAUCGAAGCCACAACCAAAUUACACCUCUACACGACCUGCAAACCCAGCCGACUCCUCUGCCUCAGAGACUGACCCUGAUCCUGCUGGUCCCCAGGGUAAUACCACACAGGCCCGCCUGACAGCAAUACCUGAAGGACACAGCAGUUCAGCAGCAAAUGACAGUGUAUUUUCAGAUAUCCAGAAAAAAACACAGGAUGAUCCUCCUGAAGAACACAGGGAUGCUGAAAUCAGUGAAGGAGUUAGUGAAAGUGAAGGGAGUGACAGUGAUGAUGAGCAACAGGCACUGAUGGAUAAAGAGCACUGGGUGUCCAAGAAUGGUUCAACAGGGGGAAAUCUCCCUGAUGAUGAAUCUAAGGUUUAAACUUUCCAGAUGUGUUUCUGCUUUGCUCCCAUUCAUUAUGGUAUUGAAAUAUUUUGUUUAUCCAAAGAUUGUUCCUUGAAAUCUAAAGACAACAAAUGGAAUACCUAAGAGUUUGAUAGUCUAUUGAUAUUAUAUUACAUUUUAUUGAUACUAUCUAUAUAAAUUUACAGUUGGUUAUGCGAGUCUGUUGCCUUGUUUGACAUUGCACGGAGACUGAUGUGACACUUGAUCUUGGAUUAAGUACAAUGAACUCAUACUCCUUGCUUGAUGCUGUAACAUUCUUGAUACAGUAUUUUAUAAUACUUUUAUGCCAGAAUUUGUUUUUAUUUAUUUAUUUUUUACUAUACCGGUGAUAGGUUGAACUUAGUACAGUACAGUAUUGUAAUUGAUGUUGUUGAGAAUAUAUGUAGUAUGAUAAAUGCUCUAGGCUAUUCAUUGGGAAGGUGGACACUUUUCCCAAAAUAUAGCAGACUUGUCUUUAUGAAAUGACUGUUGGCCAAGAUGACUGAUUCAGGUGUUGCAGUUGGUUCAGGAGUUGAGUCUGGCCUACCUCAGACAUAGUACUGGUUCAGUAAUAAGACUGGUUGAGCAUUGGUACAGUGCUGGUUUAGCUUGUUCUUGAAACAAAAUCAUUAUUUAUCUGAUGAUAGAGAGGAAUUAUUAAUCUGAUUGUAGCUUCUCAAAUCAUACACUAAUUGUUCUCAUUUAUUACUCCAAAGUUGUUCUGGUUUAUUACAGGCCCCUUGUAUUAUUAUUGAUAAAAUCUGUAAACCUUGGAUCUCUUGAUUCCCAGCAUUCUUAUGAUGUUUCUUGCUUUCUACAGUGGAACUAUUUGCUCCUUAGAAUCUAAUGAAAAUUGGGUAGGUUAUGUUACACAGGGUAUAGCUAAUCUUUUUUGUGUUGCAUAAACCACCCUUUAUGUUUUUAGUGCUUAUAUUUUUCUGGCAACACUUUUGAAUGAUAAAAAAUAUUAAGAAUUAUAUCAUUUGAGAUAUUUAAAGUUGGGAUUAUGUCGGGCCUGAAACAAACUCUGCUUGAUGUAUGACUGACAAAUUCAUCUUCUACGGUGCUGUUGAUUUGUACUCUAAAACUUAAAAUUAAAAAUAAUGAUAAUUUUGAUUUGCUUCUUGCAAAACUGGGAACUGUUUGCAAAAUACUGUCAUUCUUAUGUGAACAUUUUUGGGGGAAUAUAAAUGGUCGAUAUUUUAGAAAAAUCUGCAAAAUCCAAUGGAAAGCUUUGAACUUUUAUUGUGCAAAAAUAAGUAACUUAAUGGUAUUUCUAAUUACAGGGGGGCCCAAAUUUGCGUGGGUUAGGUUCUCAAAAUGGUCACGAAUCACUAAAUCUGAGAAUAACAUUUGGGGGAGGGGGGGGGGGGCGGUACAUUUUUACUUGUUUACAAAGAAAUGUGUAUUCCCUUUGUGUUUACCCUUAGGACAAUUAUUUCUUUUACCUGUAGUAUUGUAUAUGUGUGUGUGUGUAAACACACACACAGCGCUGACGCGGCCAUGGCCUCUUGACCAUGGAGAUAGCUGCCAGCCUGGUUUGUCGGGCCUUCCCUUUCCCCAUCUGGAUUUAUCAACAUCCUCCCACCAACAGUACAGUGCAAAGAUUGAAGAUCAACCCACAACUGAUAUACAAAAGUGACAAUUUCAACUCGAAAGCAAGAAACGACUGUUAGAGCGACAAUCAGCACUUAGCGGCCAAUGUUGACCUGACUCACCCAGCCCGCGGUACACUCACCACCCCCAACACUGGAUGAGAAGCCAAGAAACACUCCACACUACACCAGGAGAGAAAUGAGGACUCCCUACUCCACCCAUGUGAGGAACUAUGAAUUCUUAACUACAUCAUAUGAGGA